AUUAGUUGAUAAGAUUAUGGAUUCGCUCGUCGGUAAACACACUCAAUGUGCUUUAUGACGAUUUCCGUUGCGCGAAAUUUCGGGCCCCGUAGGCAAUUCAUCAUAUUCGUCUGCAGAAAAAGUCACCAUUCAGUAUUCUCGACUCAUCAAACGUUAUAAACAAAACCCGCGGCUUCAUCGUGGAGAAACGUGCUGCAACUUGUCACCGUCGUCACCACCAACAACACCCAGCAGCAGAGCAGACAAACUUCGUGGAAUUCAUCGUAUAACUAAUGCAACAGCAGUAGCAACAGCAGCAGCAGCAGAGACAUGCGUCAAGUGAAAGACACUUAAAUCGGGCGGUGUGAAAGUACCCUCGUUCGCUAUCCUCCAUUGCUGGUGACAAAGCAGGGAACCUUCACGACUUGUAGUCAGUCGGUGGUGUUAUCAAACAAACUAUCGACGACAGUUUGCUGCUGAUUUACCACGAAUGCGGGGCGCACAGUUCUGGAGCUGGAGGUCAGGCCAUUCGCAGUUAUACAUAGUUCCAACGGUGCUGCAUAUCAAUUAAACAGUAGACCAGCAUGGGAAAGCUGAAUACCAAUUAUGGCAACUAUUGCUACCAAACUGACACCGUCGCGUUGGAUCGAGCUGUGACCAAAUAUUGUACUUCUCGAAACGAUUACUCCGAAUCUACUACGGUCGGAGACGAGGUAUCCCUACAGAUUGGGCGGCGGAUAAUUUGCUGCAAAGGCGUUCGACAGAUGCACUAUGACUACGAAGAUGAUGGCGGCAGCAGCAGGGGAGACUAUCGGGGCCGGAGGGUGGACGAGUCUGCUGGAUCAUUCAACGAGGAGAGUGAUCGAGAUGAUGAGCUAGAAGACGAGGAGGGACACGUCGCCGCCGUUGAGGCGAUUGACGAAAGUCGGCUGGCCUAUCGUGCCGAGGGCAAUUCCAAUAUCGUGCUCGCGUUGAUGGACGAUCAUCGGGUUCUGCGGAUGAGGAAAACGACCAUCAGCUGUCCGGAUGCGAAAGAUACCGUCGAUCUGGAGCGAUUUGUCAAAUUUUCCCGAGUGAUUGCGAGUUGCUUCUCCCGGCGGUACGUCCCGCAACCGAAGCUGGGCCGCCUGGACACGUACGACCUGGACGCAUUCAACAAAAAGUUAUCCAAAUUUCGACCAGUGAAUCGACUGACCAAGGAAAUUCAAGAUCGCGACUGCAUCCUGUAUCCCGAUGUGGCGUUUCUGCCGGUUACGCUGGAUCCGCUGACGUUUCGCAACCAGGACUUUGGGCAGGACCCCGUCAGAGGAUAUUGGCAGAACACGUACUGCGUGGAGAUCAAGCCUAAACAGGGAUGGUCCCUGGACGAUCUUUGCUACGGCGAUGGAUUUACCCGGGAACAGCUGUUCGGCUGCUGGGAUGGCGAUCAUCUGGUCGAUUCGUCGAGCAUGGCGAAAUGUCGGUUUUGUUUGUUUCAGUAUUCUAAGUUGCGAAAUAAAAUGAUUGAAAAAGUCAGCAAAUAUUGCCCAUUGGACCUGUUUUCUGGUAAACCCAUCCGAAUACUGAACGCCAUCAAAGGUCUCAUCGGGUCCCCGCAGAACAAUUUAAAGCUCUGCAAAAAUGGUCGCAUCGUAUACGACGAACAGCGGGAUAAAUCCGUCUUCAACCGCAUUCUGAAAGACAUCUUUCCCCGUGACGGACGGACCAAAGAAGAGAGAAAAACAGUAUUUAUGAACCUGAUAAAGGAAUCCCUGCUGAAGGAUUUCUCCUGCUACGAGGCGGACCACGACAGAAAGCUGCUUACUUUACGGAAGGAUAGGAAAAAGAAGGAUAAAAAUCGAAUCCAUCAACGUACCUGUAGUUCAAUCAAUUAUCAAUUCCUACCGAGGAAUUGUGCUCUCAAGCAGGUUCUGGAUAUGCAACUAUUGGUAAAGGAAACUUUGCCCAAGGUGCACUCAGAUCUGUACCAACGGGACAUUGGCGGUUCAUCGGCCAGCAAUCCGUUUGCCUACAUUGACGAGCUGUACGAGAAGUAUUUGGACUAUCUUGACGAGCACUGCGAGAAACGGCUAUCGGGAAGAUUAGAGUUUCUGGAUGAUGCUUGCUUGGACGAACAGGAACGGUAUCAGCUGGGAGCCAGCGCUCUGGAUUGCUCAAUUAUGAUCACAUUCCGACGGUUGGCCGCACGGGAAGAGGACAGGUUGUCACCAGCGGCCCGAACGCACAUCAUCACGAUCGAGAGGAUGAAGUUUCUCGUCAACGUUACCGUGGCCGAUCUGGACCCGAAGCCGCUCAAACAUUGCCAAAAAUACCUCCACCAGCUGCAGAAAUCGAUCGUACAUUAUCGCGAGUUUAUGUCCAAGCUGCGGCGCUAGAUGGUUUUAGGAAUUAUGAAAUUAGUUUUACCAAAAUUCACUUCUAUUUAUUCAUACCACGAGUGUUGUCAUUUGAUGUAAAGAUUAUGUGAUACUAUUUAGCAUGAGUGUGUUUCACCGUGUAGCCAAUUUUAGGUCCAUUUAGGGUAUUUAUUAUUCAAGUAAUAAUUUUAAUUGGGGCUGGAGGCCCUUUAGAUAGUUUACAAGAACAUCAUGGUUUUAGUAGCAUUAGUAAAUGCGAAGCAACAGAACUGACUUCAGUGGUCCAUGUGGUAGAUAGCGUGCAGACGAAUUUCGCGUCAACUCGACCAACGGUUGGCAGCACCCUCUCAGAAUCGAACGAAACUUUGUGGGCAUAAACAAUAGGUCUUUCUAAGCAACUUUGCAUAUUUUGUUUUUCGAAAUUUUUCAAGAGUAGCAUUUGAAGAGGGCCUAUUUUUUUCAUAGAUUUUUUUCAAAUCGAUGUAACUCAAAAAUGACAAGACCUACAAAAAAGUGUUGUAUGGCGGACUAUCGUGAAAUUCCAUGAAGUUUUUUAGAAAAAUAUCCAAAAAAUACAAAUUUAAUUCCUACACUGAAAAAUAAAGGUUUUAAAAAUUUAAAUCGAUAUUACAAAAAACCCUGUUUUUAAAUCGAUGAUUUUUUUUCUGGAGAAAGGUAUUUCAAUUACCUACAUUUUCUCCAAACAAUGUUGCUGUGACAUAUUUAAGGGAAAAAAAUUUUUCUAACAAAAACUUUUUUCAUGUCUACAUUGAGUGAAUAUUUUUCAUCGUGUUUCGUGCCAACAUGGCCAUAUAUAGGUUCAGCAGCCUCUCAUCAACCAAUGAAACUUUAUGGAAGUUCAAAAAAUUGUUUAAGAAGCAACUUUGCAUAAUCUAAUAUUUAUCUAGACUAACAUUUGAAAAGGGCGUAUUGGAGUGACCCACACUUAUAUGAAAAACAUAAAAUUCAAAAAAUGCCAAGCCUUACCUCCUGCAUCAGUUGUUUUGGAUUCCCAGAAGCUACGUUCAGCAUUUGAGCGAAAUCGAUUUAGUCUAAGGGGUGAUACACAAAUUAUGUCACGCAAAAUUCGACCUUCUUCAACCUCCUCUAUGUCACGCUUUGUGUAUGGGACCUCACGAUUGUUUGUACCGUGCCAUGCCCUAAUACCGUGACCUUAAGGAUGCUCUUCACGUCAAAGAGCCCUGUGAAAAUCAAUAAUCCAUGUUUCUUGAUUUUUCAAACGCUACAUUAUUGCUUAUUGUGUGUAUUAUGUAUAAUAAAUAUGAUUAAUGGAAUUCCAAAUGUUUAAUCCAUUGUUAAAAUCAAAAUUGUAAAACAUAGCAUUGUUCCUAAUACCGUGUAUGUGACCCGCAUACAUUGGUGGUCCUUUGAAUCAUGACUAUAUCAAUCAUACUAAGUUCAUACUUAAAAGAACCUGUGCGUCAAACGUUGCCUAGAGGUUUGUGCAAUUGAUUCAUAAAGUAAAAAGUUUCAAUAAUAUUUUCAGUUUGUAUGUUUUAGCCGAAACACGGUAUUUGGAACACAUAAGGAACCAUGCCCUAAUACCGUGUAUAGGUACUUUGCACUCACAUUCUGUAAAUAUUUUUAAUCGUUUGUUUUUGUAAAUAUGUGCCAAAUUUAUCACGCCUAACUUAAGAAGGUUUAAUAUGCUAAUGAUUGAACUAGUUACUCAGUUAAAAAAAUAAUACACUUAGUAAAAUAUUUGAGUUUUUUGUCAAAUACACGGUAUUAGGAGGCACACGGUAUUAGGGCAUGGCACGGUAUGGGUCGUCACGUUCUGCAAAACCCCCCUCCCCUCCUAAAGCGUGACGUAAUUUGUGCAUGGCCCCUAAUGGGGCGCUCAACGAGCAUGAAGUUUGUAUGGGAAAACUUGGCCAAAUGUAUGCAGAAAUCUUAAGCUUUUGAUUUUUGCCGCUAGGUGGCGCUGCAAGUGUUCAAUUAAUAAAAAAUAAUUAAAAACCUUGGCUAUUCUUGUAGGUGACGAUAUGCCAAACAACUUUAUCGAAGACCGCAAAGUGAUCCGAAGCCUGUUAAAAAUUAAUACUCUAGGUAAAGUGAGGUGAAACAUUAUUGUCGUUUUUCCAAUACAUGUAAAGCAAUAUCAAUAAUGAAAUCCCAAUGCUUCGCCUCACUGACGGAUCACUUACGGGUCUUCAACAAAGUUGUUUGGCAUAUAGUCACCUACAAUAAUACCAAUGUGUUUAUUAAUUGAACUCUUACAGCGCCACCUAGCGGCAAAAAUCAAAAGCUUAAGAUUUCUGCAUACAUUUGGCCAAGUUUUCCCAUACAAACUUCAAGCUCGUUGAGCGCCCCAUUAGAAGCCAUGCACAAAUUACGUCACGCUUUAGAAGGGGAGGAGGUGAGGUUUUGCAGAACGUGACGACCCAUACAAACAGUGGUGAGGUCCCAUAUAAAAAGCGUGACAUAGAGGGGAGGGGAGGGGGGUUGAAAAAGGACGUAUUUUGUGGGACAUAAUUUGUGUAUCACCCCUUAGACUAGCUCGUUUUCGCUCAAAUGCUGAACGUAGCUCCUGGGAGUCCAAAACAAUCGAUACAGGAGGUAAGACUUGUCAUUUUUCGAAUUUUAUGUUUUUCAUAAGUGUGGGCCACCCUAAUACGCCCUUUUCAAAUGGUAGUCUAGAUAAAUGUUAGAUUAUGCAAAAUUGCUUCUUCAACAAUUUUUUAAACAUCCAUAAAGUUUCAUUGGUUGAUGAGAGGCUACUGAACCUAUAUAUCGCCAUGUUGGCACGAAACACGAUGAAAAAUAUUCUCUCAAUGUGGACAUGAAAAAAGUUUUUGUUAGAAAAACUUUUUUCCCUUAAAUAUCUCACAGCAACAUUGUUUGGAGAAAAUGUAGGUAAUUGAAAUAUACCGCAUUUAGUUCACCACUGGACUGCGCACUGAGUCUUCAUAAGUGCGAAAACGUAAAUAAAACUGCGCGAUUGCAUCAAAUCAAAUUGAUGUCUUUGGCGCACUAUUUCUUCGAUGUAUGCUGAAUAAGUGCUCUGAAGACACCAAAUUGAUUGGAUGCAAUCGCGCACUUUUAUUUGCGUUUUCGCACUCGUGAAAACUAGUGCGAUAGUCCAGUGGUGAACUAAAUGCGCUAUACCUUUCUCCAGAAAAAAUAUCAUCGAUUUAAAAACAUAGGGUUUUUUGUAAUAUCGAUUUAAAUUUUUAAAACCUUUAUUUUUCAGUGUAGGAAUUAAUUUUGUAUUUUUUAGAUAUUUUUCUAAAAAACUUCAUAGAAUUUCACGAUAGUCCGCCAUACAACUCUUUUUUGUAGGUCUUGUCAUUUUUUAGUUACAUCGAUUUGAAAAAAAUCUAUGAAAAAAAUUAGACCCUCUUCAAAUGUUACUCUUGAAAAAUUUCGAAAAACAAAAUAUGCAAAGUUGCUUAGAAAGACCUAUUGUUUAUGCCCACAAAGUUUCGUUCGAUUCUGAGAGGGUGCUGCCAGCCCAAUAGAAGGGUUGGCGCGAAAUUCGUCAAUAUUCAAAUAAUUGUUCAACAUGCAGAACUGUUCGCAUAAGAAUAAGUAGAUUCCAAAUUUAUACCAGCAAACAUUUUUUAAUACAUCAUAAGAAUUCAUAAUUGUUCAAACAA